UUGCUAUAAUGGACCCCUUAUCUAUUGCUGCUGGAGCUGCUGGUUUCAUUUCACUAGGUAUUACGGCCGCUGGGGGGAUCAUCCAAUAUUGCAAAUCAUAUCGAUCUCAAGAUGCUGACUUUGACCUAUUAAUACGACACGCCAAAGAGCUAGAAUCAUUCCUCGGCUCAAUCGAAGACCGCAGUAGAGCAUCACAACGUCCCAGUAAAGAUGUCCAUGACUCUUUACAAGGAUGUCGUCAAGCUUGCGAUGCUUGCCUGAAUGAUUUCAAGCAACUCAACGCCAAGUAUACCAACCAGAAAUCCAAACAAAAGCUCAUACAAAAAUUAAAAUACCCCUUCGAUAAAGCAAAGCUCGAUGAUCUUCGGUCUCAACUGCAAGAAUUCCACGUUAGACUGCUGGGAAUUUUGCAGUUGGUCAAUCUGGAUGCCACGCGAGAAAUAAGAAGUAUCGCUAUUUCAAAAUCUGCAAAGAUAACACUCGCGGUGGAGUCGAUGGAAAGAGAGGUCCAAUCUUCUCUGUCCGAUGUGAAACAAGCAGUAGCUGAUAUACGUACUGAUGUCAACCAGCUGGGGUCUUCCUUUCAGCAUGACCUUGGAGAAGCCAAGAUGCAUAUAAUGACAUCUUUGGACGACAGUCAGAACGUCACAUCUGACCGGGCAUUAUCAAUCAUCGCAAACCAGGAAAGACAGUCAGUAUUGCUCAAACAAUAUAUAGAUCAACGACUUGGGGCCCUAGAGAGCAACCAGAGAGAAUUCUUUACCCGAACUUUAGCUGCGAGUGCUGGAGUUAAUGGUCAAACAGCGCUAUUCAGUUCAAAUACCGAUGAUGGCUGUUGGAUCCGGAACAGCGUUAGGGAGAAGAUGAAUCUUAGGAUGCCUGUGCGGAACAUCUUUGAGUCUCUUUGCACCUGUCCAGUAAUACAGCAGCGCCGUUUCACAAAACAGCACCAAGCGCACUGUAUAUAUGCUUUGAGAGACCGUCAGGAGUGGAACUUUACCAAAAGCUUUCGAGCUUUCCGGCGCAUGAUCACUAUAUCGUGUAAAGUUCAGUACGCUCGGAUGAAUUGGGCUCGCGACUGGCAUGUCUACCCUAAUCUAACAGCUCAAAUGACUGUACCGUGGGAUUCCCCCGCGUUCGAGGUAAUCAGGAAUACCAGAAAUAUUUUGUGUCAUAUCAAGAGUGUACGUGAGUUGGAAGACUUAUUCAAGGACAGCUUGAUUAGUCUUAAAGAGAUUUUUACAAAAGGCGAAGGAUGGCCAACAGAUGUUCAUGAAGACGGUUUGAACUUGCUACAUGAAGUAGUUGAAGACGUAUUCUUGGAUUCUGAAUAUAUGGGAUCGGACGAAGCGGCGGUUGUCUUAAUGCAGUUCGUGGUCGCGUUAAAAGAGAUAGGCGUACCUAUAGAUAAUUGUUCAGAUCACGGUACACCCCUUGAAUAUCUUCUGAAAAGAAUGAUAUAUCUCGAGAAGCGUCCUAUCAACAAUUAUACAUGUUUAAGGUUCCUAGCUCAUAACUUUUCGAAAGCCUUAGAACUUGUGGAAAUAGCACCUGCUCCAUUACCUAAUCUUAAACAUUCGACUAUCAUGACAAUAAUGCGCUUAGGAGAUCCGGGAUUUUACGAACUGCUUGAGUGCAACGACCUGAUCUACCUAGUCCUUCAUCGUUGCGAACAUGAUAUUCCGCGCCUCCUUAUGAGCGAUACUUCGCUCAUGAAUUCCCGGACUGGCUCGGGACAAACGGCACUCCACUUUGCUGUAAACUGGCCUAAGGGCCUUUCUCUUUUGAUAAAAUAUGGAGGGCAAUCUAUUCAAUCUAUAAUCAAUGGUCGCGGUGGAUCUCCCGCUUCUAUACCACCUUUGAACUAUGCACUACAUAUGAGAGAGGUUGAUUCUAUAAAGUUGUUACUCGAUGCAGGAGCCAGCAUUCCUUCGUCCUGCUUCCAAUUUUUCGCACAAGAUGUCGAUACGGACGAACGAGCCAAGCAAGCCAUGUACGUUGUGGUCGAAUCACUCGUAAGGGAACGAAAAGAUCUGUUUCAAUUAGCUUUACGGUAUCUCCCGCCAGAAAAGAUUCAGGAGCUUGAGCUACGGAACGAUGAGCUUCUGGACGAUAAAGCAUUCAUUGUCGCGAAAGCACUAAGGCAAGAGCAUGUUCCUAUGCCUACUGCUUAUGACUUCUUACAACCCGGUUCGGUAUAUCAUUGGGGAGGCUUGACCUAUCGUAUAGCUCAGAAGCUAUUUGAAGUUGGCUUUCGCAAAACAGAUGCGAAGCUUCACGGAUGCACUCCAUUAAUUACCUUCAAAACAUGUUCCUUGUACAAGGGACACCAUGCAUAUGGACUUGAGACGUUGCUAAAACUUGUCGGCUGGUUCAAAGACCACGGGACUAACCUCCACGCCCCGGCUUAUAUGCCUAGUAAUCUUUUUCGGUUUGACGGUACCAUGGAAGGUGAUGCUGCAUCCUAUAUUAAUACACCGCGACCGCCUUUAACUAUCCACUAUCUAAUGGAUGUUUUGGGCUAUCUAACAUGGCCGAAAAUACUGAGACUUAGUUCAGAAUUCGACAGGCAUAUCGCCGAACAAACUUAUACCGCAAAUCAACUCAUAUUAUCCAGCCUGUUUGAAGACAAUACUACAGACUCCUGUUGUUGCUUCUGCGCGACAGACGGAUGCACUCCAACUUCGAAGUACUUGACUUCCAUCAUUCGAGAGUACGACUACUUUUGGUACGAUGUUAAUAUUAAAUAUAUGGUCGGUGCGACACGACUGGCUGAGCUAGCGACACCCGAUAGCAACAAGUACAAGGUCUCAGUAGAAUACAUUCGCCUCAUAACGUUUGAGGCUCUUGGAAUGCAUCAUACAUGCUGUCGAUGUAAGAGGCCUGAAGAAAGGGAUCCCCUCGUUGGUAAUAACCCAGUUCAUCUCCUGGAUAUAGCUGAGAUCAAGGAGAUACGAGAGGAAGAUCGAUACCUAGCGAAGCAGCUGGAAGUUUUGAUGGAUGAGUUUGAGGAGAGAUUCCAGGAAUUGAAUGCGCCAUUAAGUGAAUUUAUUGAGCAGUACUUGGUUGCUAGGCUCGAAGAAAUUGGACAAGAGCGGGAUGAGAUAUCAGCAGAGGACUUACGCACUAUUAGGGAAACUGGUGUCAUUCUUCAUGAGCUUUAG